UGUCCUCGAAUUUUUUUAAGGUAUUUUGCAAGAACCACAGCAUCACAGUUAUUGCCGAAAUUAUUUUUUUUAAUCAAUUGAAAUGAAAAAAAUUCAAGCACUCACGAAUUUGAAUAAUCGUCGUGUCGAUGCAUUCUUUGUAUAAUGAAAAUCAGUUUUUACACAAUAAUUUUUGCUCUAUUAAAAGUGUAUGAAUUUUACCAAUAUUGGAAGUUAUUGAUGUCGAACUCAUUUGUUUCGUUCAAUCGUAAUAAAAAAUUGAAAAUGACGAUGUACACAUUUCGCCCUUACGAAUUAGUGAAAGUGAACUAUAAAUGUUAUAGAGGCUUAUUCGAUAAGGGAAUCAAUAGUUAUCCGAGACCACGCAGCGGUCAUCGCAUCGUCUGUAACGAUUCAGAUUUAUACUGUUUUGGUGGCUUUAAUCCCAAUGUCGAAGGGCCAGACCGAACUUUAUACCUAUUUCAAGAAUUGUGGAAAUUCGAUUUAUUCACAAAGAAAUGGAGUUUGGUCUAUUCAAAUACAGUCGAAGGCAUGCCCGAAGAAUUGGCGUCGAAUGCUGUGAUUUUAAAGAAUAAUAUGUUAAUAGUAUUUGGUGGCACAGGCUAUCCAUUCGGAACAUCGUGCUCAAAUAAAUGCUACUUGUUAAUGCCACACAAUAAACGACCCAAAGCUAUUGCUGCGUUGGAAACAACUGGCGAUCGACCAGUACCACAGUAUGGUCAAGCUGUGGUACUACACGACGAUUACCUUUAUGUGGUUGGAGGAACAACCGGCUUUGAAUAUUCAUGUGAUGUGUACAGAUUACAUCUCGUAUCGAAAGUGUGGGAAUGCAUUUCCGUGUGUCGAGAGGAUAUCCGCGAAGACCCGAAAGGCCGUUAUCGACACGAAAUUGUUGCCGACGAUACGUACAUUUAUGUCUUAGGUGGUGGUAAUGCCGAAACAGCCUACAGUCUGGAAUACAUACCAGUGUUUAGUUUUGAAUUGCAACAAUGGACGGUUUUACACUCGAAACCUGACCCGAGUCUUCCACCACCCGGCUAUCCGCAAUCACGAAAAUGUCACUCGUGCGUACAGUAUGAAACCGACCACGGCAUCGAAGUAGUGAUUGCUGGUGGAUUUUUUGAAGACUUAGAAUUUUUCGAUGAUAUUUGGAAAUUGAACUUAAGCACAUUGCAAUGGACACUGUUUAAGACCGCAACGUUACCGCAUCCGUUGUACUUUCACGAUGCAGCCACUAGUGGCAACGGACUAAUGCAUAUCUUUGGUGGUGUUGAAGUGAAGGGCUUGGAAAACGAUCCACACAAUGAAGUUUAUGAAAGUGAAAGAACUAAUGAAGUGUAUUCAAUGUGGACGACUAUACCAAAACUAAGUGAAAUCUGUUGGCAGGCCGUGCUGCACUACAAUCCAACCCUGCCAUCGUAUUCAUUAAAUCAACUUCUUGAGAUGGGUAUAUCAUUGAAGUUUGCGAGUCGGAUUAGUCGUCAUUCGAAAAUUGAGUGCGAUGGAAAUUUAUAAUUUUGCUCUUUGUUUGACAUUAAACAAUUGAAAUUCGAAUUUAG